AUGAUUGUGUUCGACGAACUUUUUGAAUUUCUCAGAGAAGUAGAAAUAACAUGUGAUAAUUUUAAAGAAGAGGAAGAAGAAAAAGAAAAAAUUAUAUUAUUUAUAAAUGAAUUAAAUUCUUAUAUUAACGACCUUUCCCUUUCGCUUAAGGGAAAGAUAAAUAACUCUGAUGAUCUUACAGAUCAUGACAUUUUAAAAAAAAUAAUUUAUAAAAAAGAAGCUUUAGAAAAAGCAAUAAAAAACGAAAAGGACAAUUUUAAAAGAGAUGCAAAAAUAAAAGAAAAGGUAAUUAAUAAUGAGGAGGGAGGAGUAAACAAACAUACAAAUAAUAUUAAUAAUGACAAUAUGAAUGAUAAAAAUUAUGAUAAUGAUGGAAAAGGUGAUAAUACAUUCAAUAUUUGUAAUGAUAAAAAGAAUUUGUCUUAUAAGGAUGAUGAUAUAAAUGAUCUUACUUGUCAUCCUAAUAAUAAAAUAUCCAUAGGAAGUAAUGAAGAAAUAAAAAAUGAAUAUAAUAACAAUUUGAUAAAUGGUGAAAAGAAAGAUGAACUUUCCAUUACAUGUAAUGAUAAUAUGUUAAAAAAAAAUGUAGUGGAUGAAAAUAUAACAAAUGACUGUUCAUACAACAUAAAUAAUAAAAAGGAUAAUAACGAAAAUGAUAUAAAUAAUACAAACAAUAAUAAUAAUAAUAGUAAUAAUAAUGAUAAUAUUGAAAUUUUAAAAGACGAUAUUAUUAAAGAAUGGGGUGAACAGAUUGAUGAAUUUGAUAACUUACUUUAUGAACAUACACUAGCUUAUAAAAAAAAAGAUUUCUUUAAAAAAAUUGAGAAAAAAAAAAAAAAAAAAAAUCUAGAUUUCUUACAAGAAAAUACGAUUGAUGAAGAAUUAUGCUUACUAGCUCAAGAAAUGAAAGAAAAUGUUUUGACAUAUAGAGAUAUUAUAAAAGAAGAUAAUACAACAUUAGAAAAAUCGGCGAACAAACAAAAUCUAACCAUUGAUUCUAUGACAGAUGUUAAUAAAAAAACACAAAAAAUGACCAAAAAUAAAAAUAUUUCUUUCUUUGUUUCCUUAUUAAUAAUAGCAACUUCAGUAGUACUUUUUAUAUUUACCUUUUUUGUAAUAAUACUUUUAUAA